AUGAGCGUGGUUAUUCAUAACGGUACUCAUACGACGAUCGCUGGCUUUGGCAAUCGUGAUAUACCUCAAGUCGUUUGUCCCAGCAGUUACGUCAAGAAACCAGAUGGUAGUUUGAUUUUUGGAUAUAACGAAAUGAUGAUGGCGGAAGAUGGGGAUAUAUUUACAAUCAUGGAUUCAAAGGGCAUUCCAUACAAUUGGGAUGCUUUAGAAGCUCAAUGGAGAUGGAUAUAUGAGGAGCAAUUGCAAUGCAACCCUAAGGACUUGCCACUGGUGGUUACAGUAGCGGCCGGUCUUCCAUUGUCCGCACAGUCGCAAUACCUCGAACUAGCGCUCAAGAAGCUGCAAGUACCCGUAUUUCAGAUGGUGAUCGAACCUCUUGCGGUAUCCUUAUCGCUUGGAAGAAACACAGCUCUUGUCAUCGAUGUUGGUGCGGCGAAAAUGACCGUGACACCUAUUAUUGAUGGUACCGUGAUGCAAAAUGCUGUUGAGCGCUCAAAGUUCGCAGGCGACUUCUUGGACUUUCAAAUCAGUGAAUAUAUGAAGGAUAAAGUCUCUGAUACAAACACGAGCUCUUACGAUCUAUGGCGGAAUUCGCGCACGUGGAUCCAAGAUUUCAAAGCUUACAUGUUGCAGGUGUCACCCUCAAAGAUUCAAGAGCUGGAUUCACUCAAUCUUGAUAUGAUGGGCAUGAAUUUUAGCAAAAAUUUUCUGUACAAGCGUAAGAAAACGAUCUCACUAACACAACGUGAAUGUUGCACAUUGGCAGAAUACAUAUUUCAGCCACAAUUGGCUUCGCCCCAGUUCCCUGCAUCUGAAGGUCUUGCAGAGGUGAUUGGAAAAGCGGUUAAGAAAGCUGGUGCCUCAACUGCUGGUGGCUCUUCGUCUGGUGCAAAUGCCAUAUCUCCAGAGCAAAUACACGCAGCUCUGCUGACAAACAUCGUAAUUACUGGGUCUUCGUCACUAAUUGCUGGACUUGAGCAGCGUAUUGUCAAUGAGCUCAGCUACCAGUUCCCACAGUAUAAAUUGUCGUCUUUCGCCAACCCCAUGGUACUGGAUCGCAAGCUGCAGAGCUGGCAUGGCGGCGUGACAAUGGCCAACUUGCCAUCUUGGGAUCUAGGUGAGUGGGUAUCUCGCCAAGAUUACGAGGCUGAGGGAGUUGAGGUACUUGAGAAAUAG